AUGAAACAACCUGGAGUUGACCCCAAUUAUCAAGGACAGGAUGGACAUACAGCUAACAGUCUAUCAAUUGUAGCUUUGCAUUCGGCAUGUUACCAUGGACAUUUACAAAUUGUACAGUACUUGCUUGAAAAUGGAGCCGAUCAGUCACUUGCAGCUCGUACGAACGAAAGACCAGCAGCAGUACAACGGACACCACAGUCGACGUUCGCGGCUGCUAUUAUGGCACUGAAUCGUCCCGAAACGCUAUCUGGAAUUUCAUCACGAGAUUCAGUGACUUCCGUGGAGGACCAACAGACACCGGUGAUCUGGGCCUAUGAGAAAGGCCAUGACCGUAUUGUGGCGCUCUUGAAACAGUAUGCCAACAAGAGACCUGAUGCCGAUGUUUGCAGUGAGUACAGCUCUGGAGAUUCCUCUUACACACCGCUACCUUCACCAAUGGGUCGACUACGAUCAAUGACCAGAGAGAAGGCCGAGGUUCUACAACUUCGAUCAGCACUUCCACCAAUGUUUCACCUCUCUUUGGCCGACAUUGAUUUUCAGGAGGCUAUUGGGAGUGGUUCGUUCGGCAAAGUCUACAAAGGAAGUUACCGCGGGAAAAUCGUUGCCAUUAAAAGAUACAGAGCUGCAGUGUACGGUUGUAAAUCAGAGGUGGAGAUGUUGUGUCGUGAAGUGUCAAUUUUAUCGAAACUAACUCACCCGAACGUGGUCUCAUUUGUUGGCGCCGUGCUGGACGAUCCUAGCCAAUUCGCGAUCAUCACCGAGUUCGUCAGUAAUGGCUCGCUGUUCUCUCUUUUGCACGAACAGAAACGUGUUUUGGAAUCUCCACUUCGCCUGCGGAUUUCACAUGAUGUGGCGCAGGGCAUGCGUUAUCUCCAUGAAAGCGCAGCGAAGCCUGUUAUUCAUCGGGAUCUGAACAGCCACAACAUUCUUAUCCAUCUCGAUGGCCGAGCUGUCGUUGCUGAUUUUGGUGAAAGCCGUUUCAUGUGCCAGACCGAGGAAGAGAACAUGACAAAACAACCUGGAGUGGGUGGCUCUUACAAUCUUCGAUGGAUGGCACCCGAGGUAUUUUCGCAAUCGGGACGAUACGAUCGUAGAGUGGAUGUCUUCAGCUUUGCGUUAGUGGUCUGGGAGGUGCACUCAGCUGAGCUGCCGUUUUCACAUUUGAAACCUGCCGCUGCAGCUGCAGAAAUGGCUUACAAACGAGCUCGACCGCCACUACCGGAUGAGCCGACGAUGCAGUUUCCAGAGCCUAUACUCAGAUUGUUACCCAUGGCAUGGCACCCAGAUCCGUCGGCUCGACCCGAUUUCUCACAGAUCGUUGCCAUCCUCGAGCCGCACGUAGUUUGCUCCGUCCAAAACGUAGACGCACAAGGUACCGUAUCCCAUUUGAAGACGCAAUGGGAACAGUUAGCGAACAAUCCCAUCAGGAAAAUUGCAACUUCCACGACACUAUCGUCAUUGAAUGGAAUAACGUCAAGUGGUACUGUGGAGGAACUUCGACAACGUAUCGAUCGGAACGGAUACGUCUGCCAAACGUCAAAGGACUGA